CACGCGUAUUAGUUUUACUUGAUAAUUCGGAAUAUGCAACAAACUUUUCGACAAUAAACUCGAUUGGAUAUUAGUGCAAUUUAUGAAAUAGUUGAGUUUUGUGUCAGAUAUUUUAAUUUUGAAUCAUUUGAUUCCGUGCAAUAUAAACGAACUUUAUGUUAUGGCUACUAGACAAUAUUUGUCGAUUGAAUAUUGAACAUCAAUAUUAAAGUUAAUGAAGAAAGAUACGCAAAAAUUAAAACUGAGAUUUGUUAUAGAAACAAGCGAAACAUGUUUUGAUUGUGAUUCGAUUAGUUGCAACGUAUAUCGAGCAAUUUUCAAUUCAAGAAAUUUCAAUUUAAAACAGUCUCGUUUUUGUGCGAUAUUAAUACGGUAUUGUGGUUCACGUUGCAAUUGUUAUUGAACUCGCAUUUGACUAAUUUUCUUUAUUUAAACUAAAAGACGUUUUACUUUGAUAUUCAGAUACAUAUCAAAAUAAUGUUUUCUUAUGCUAGUGUUUAUCCUCGACUACUCGCGUGAUUCUUUUAGCAUCGUAACUGUAACGUUAGGCGGGAAUUGCGUCAAUUACAUUCUAGGAAAACGAAACAACUUGACCGUUACUUUGUACCAUUGCUUGGGUUAGCUAUAAUAAAUUGCGAUAAGAGAAGCUAGUUUUAACGCAAGAUUAGUUUUUCGUUGAAUAAUAACUAUUCAUAUGGUAAAUUCUUUCUCACCUUUUUAAGAUAACAACUCUAACAAUGUUAUCUUAUAUCUUUCUUUUUAAUCAGAAAGUGAUAAAUGAAAUUUCAUGAACUUUUGCAAUAUAAUAAUUUAAAUUUUUUGUGCAUUAGACACUAUAUAGAAUAAUAAGCAAAUCGCGGAUGUUUUAUAUAUUUUUGAGAAACAUAAAUGUACAAAAAUGUACAGAGUACACAGUAUAUUACUACAGGAUACGUAAUAAUGUUUAAAAGGCGACAAAUGUUUUUUAAGUAUCAUUUUUUUAAUUGUGUUCAUAAAGAUAUAAAUUAGAAUAAAAAUCCGCAAUCUAGAAAUAAAUAUUGUAUGUAGAUUACGACGAUAAUGAUCCACAUUUUCCAAAGUAAUUAUUUCAUUUAAAAUAUACAUAUAAUUAUUAUUAACAAUAUAAUUUACUUAACCAUUGACAUGUUCGGCGUAUCCCUAACCUAAUUCUUGUUAAAAAAUCGUAAUAUAGGAAACGAAAUUACCAAUACGAAUUUCUCGAUGAAUUGGAAAUUUUCUACAUUCCCGCAAUGCUGCGGGAUACAUUUUGUUGCAGUGGUUACUCUCGAACGUUUGUAAAUUAUGAUCAUCGUGCAAUGGCAAUUGACAUGGGAACAUUUGCAAUUAUCAAUUCGUGGCCUUUAAUUAUACAAGAAAAAACCUGAGUCAUUUGCUGUGAAAUAAUGAUAAAGAAGUAGAAAUAUUAACUUUUUAUCACAUGUUUCAUCGAUAAGCAAAAUUUCUUGGAAACUAACCUCGAAAUUCGAACCGAUCAACAAUUUAAAAAUUUUCCAGAAAAUAACACGAGAGCAGAACCAGUGAAACCAAGAUCAAAGGAGUCGUUCGAGAGGAUACCGUUCAUCACUGCUGUGUUAACGCAUCUAGGGUUCUGUAUCCUUAUGUUUUUGGGUUUUAUAAACCAAUUACUUUUCAUCCCUAAAGUCGCACAAGAACACAAUAGAGAGGGUUAUGCAGCACUGUACGAACAUUUUGAAGAAUUUUAUCUUCGAUACGUUUACAGAAGAGUGAGGGAUUGUUGGAACAGGCCUAUAUGUUCUGUUCCAGGUGCGACAGUUACACUUAAGGAUAGAAUAACAAAAGAUUAUGGAUGGACGUUUCAGUUUACAGGAACGACAUCAGAAUGUAUAAAUUUAGGAUCGUAUAAUUACUUGGGUUUCGCGGAGGCAAAUGGUAAAUGUGCUGAUCAAAGUAUUGAAACUUUGAAGAAAUUUGGCUGUGCUAGUUGCAGUAGUCGCCUCGAACUCGGAAACAUGCCAAUUCACGAAGAAUUAGAACAGCUGACGGCUAGAUUUUUGGGCGUGGAGGACGCCAUUGUUUUUGGAAUGGGUUUUGCAACAAAUGCUCUUAAUUUGCCCUCGUUAGUAAGCAAAGGUUGUUUAGUACUAAGUGAUGAAAAAAAUCAUGCUUCAUUGAUACUUGGGCUGAGGCUGUCCGGUGCUACUGUGAGAGUGUUUAAGCAUAAUAACAUGAAGCAUCUAGAAAAAUGCUUAAAAACUGCAAUAGUUUUUGGUCAACCAGAUUCUGGAAAACCUUGGAAGAAAAUAGUAAUUGUAGUGGAAGGCGUUUAUUCCAUGGAAGGUUCUAUUGUACAUUUACCUGAGAUUUUGCAACUCAAGAAGAAGUACAAAGCAUAUCUUUAUUUGGAUGAGGCUCAUAGCACUGGUGCAUUAGGUAAACGUGGAAGAGGAGUUUGCGAUUAUUAUGAAAUUGAUCCAAGAGAGGUGGACAUACUAAUGGGUACUUUUACAAAAAGUUUUGGAUCUGCUGGAGGUUAUAUUGCUGGAACAAAGUCAUUAAUAAACCAUUUAAGGAUAUACAGUCAUGCGCAUACUUACGCAGUAGCCAUGUCUCCACCGAUAGCACAGCAAAUCAUAACUUCGAUGAAAAUAAUUACCGGUGAAGAUGGUACAGACGAUGGAAAGAGAAGAACGAAACAAUUAGCAAGAAAUACUAGAUACUUUAGGCGCAGACUUAAUCAGAUUGGAGUUAUUAUUUAUGGGAACGAAGACUCGCCUGUUGUACCUAUGUUAGUUUAUCUAUUUUCUAAAAUAGGCGCAGUCGUGCGAACGUUAACUACGUAUAACAUAGCUGCAGUAGGUGUUGGAUUUCCAGCAACUCCAUUAAUGGAAGGCAGAAUACGAUUUUGUCUUUCUGCUGCACACACUAAACAACAACUAGAUUAUGUAUUGUCACAUAUUGAGAGUCUUGCAGAUUCCUUAGGUUUAAGAUAUUCUCGUAAAAUUCGCGAUCCAGCGCCUAUUGAAUACUAUUCCGAUGGAGAGACCGAAUGACCUGCUAUGUAGAAAAUAGACUGUCUAGGAUAUUCACUUUGCUCCAAAGAAGCCCCUCGUAUUUCUAUGGAGAAACACUGCCUUAAAAGAACUCUACACGCAUUCUUUUAUACGCUUUUCCAUUGAUGCCCACACUGUACCUCUUAAUUGAAUCACAAAUAACAAAAGAAUAUGCGCGUGUGUGUGUGUGCGCGCGUGUGCGUGCGUGUGUGUGUGUGUGUGCGUGUGCGCGCGCGUGUGUGUGUGUCGCUAUCAAUUAUGACAUCAUAAAUUAAUAAUCCAUUAU